AAAUCCACACUGAUAAAACUCAUUCUACUUCAGAUAUUGUGGUUCCUCAACUCCGCGGCGUAGAUCCGAGGAGUUUUUGUAAAACUGCAGUCUUUGAAAACCCUAAUUCUCAAAUCUUUCAGAUCUUUCUUUGACAAACUUCAAAUCACCAUCAAUCAUGGCAGCAGAAGGUUCUCAGUUUGAUGCUCGUCAAUUCGAUGCAAAAAUGACAGAACUGCUUGGUACUGAACAACAGGAAUUCUUCACAUCAUAUGAUGAGGUUCACGACAGUUUUGAUGCCAUGGGUUUGCAAGAAAAUCUCCUGAGGGGCAUCUAUGCCUAUGGUUUUGAGAAGCCAUCUGCUAUUCAGCAAAGGGGCAUUGUUCCUUUUUGCAAGGGCCUUGAUGUCAUCCAGCAGGCACAAUCUGGUACUGGAAAGACGGCAACUUUCUGCUCUGGAAUUCUCCAGCAGCUUGAUUACAGUUUAGUUGAGUGUCAGGCUCUGGUUCUUGCACCAACCCGUGAGCUUGCACAACAGAUUGAGAAGGUUAUGAGAGCACUUGGUGACUACCUGGGUGUGAAGGUUCAUGCUUGUGUUGGGGGUACCAGUGUCCGUGAGGAUCAGCGCAUCCUUCAGAGCGGUGUUCAUGUUGUGGUUGGUACUCCAGGCCGUGUCUUUGACAUGUUGCGCAGGCAGUCUCUUCGCCCCGACCACAUCAAGAUGUUUGUUUUGGAUGAAGCUGACGAAAUGCUCUCUAGAGGUUUCAAGGAUCAGAUUUAUGAUAUAUUCCAGCUUUUGCCACCAAAAAUCCAAGUGGGUGUUUUCUCUGCGACUAUGCCACCAGAGGCUCUUGAGAUUACUAGAAAGUUCAUGAACAAGCCUGUGAGAAUUCUCGUGAAGCGUGAUGAGCUCACUCUUGAAGGUAUUAAGCAGUUUUAUGUCAAUGUCGAUAAGGAAGAGUGGAAGCUUGAAACACUAUGUGAUCUUUACGAGACCUUGGCCAUCACCCAGAGCGUCAUCUUUGUUAACACUAGGCGAAAGGUUGACUGGCUCACUGAUAAAAUGCGUGGACGUGACCACACAGUAUCUGCAACUCAUGGAGACAUGGAUCAGAACACAAGAGAUAUCAUCAUGAGGGAGUUCCGAUCUGGCUCAUCUCGUGUGCUUAUCACAACCGAUCUCCUUGCUCGUGGUAUUGAUGUCCAACAAGUCUCCCUUGUUAUUAACUAUGACCUGCCAACUCAACCAGAAAACUACCUGCAUCGUAUUGGUCGUAGUGGACGAUUUGGAAGGAAGGGUGUUGCUAUCAACUUUGUCACCAAGGAUGAUGAAAGGAUGCUUUUUGACAUACAGAAGUUUUACAACGUCGUAAUUGAGGAGCUCCCAGCCAAUGUUGCUGAUCUCCUCUAAGGCGAUUUUUGGUAUAUUUAUUCUUAGAUUUAGUAUCAGUUUGUACUAGACUUGGAAUUAGGAAAUGCUGGUAGCCAUGGUUUGCCACAGCACCAGUUCCUUUCCUGAUUCAAAUGAAACCUUUUUUUUUUUUUUGCAAAUUUUGUUUGGUUUGUCAUUUUAUACCUUUAAAGUAUCCAAAUAACUUUGUAUUUGGUGUUGUUUGAAUUGUUUAAUUGAUCUAUUUCCCUAUGGAAGGUAAAGCUUUUAGUUGGAUUA